AUGGCGGACAGAAACCACGGCAGCUCCCGUCGCGGAGGCGAUAGAUCACACUAUGAUAACAGAGACAGAGACAGAGACAGAGAUCGCCGUCGCGACCAAGACAGGCGCAGAGACCGCGACGACGAUAAGAGCAGACAUCACCACCACGAUCGGUCAUCGCGCGAUCAUUACGGGAGAGACAGAGACAGAGACAGAGACAGGGACAGAGACAGAGAUAGAGACAGAGAUAGCAGAAGAUACCGCUCUGGAUCAAGAGACAGAAAUGACCGCAGGCGAUCACGUUCUCCCCGAGGCGACAACAGGCGAGAUGACAGGGGCAAAGGGUAUCGUCAACGGGAUGAGCCGAGAGGAGACAGGGAGAAGGAUCGAGGAAAUAACACCCCAGGUAAUGCUGAGACUUUAGGCAGCGAGAAACCACCCACCAAAGAACUUCAACCUCCCCAGCGCCGCCCCCCACCAGUCGGCUCCCCCAGUCGCUCAGAAAGCCCCGACAGAGGCUUCGACCGCGAAUUUGGUGGCAACAAACCCACGGAAACACUCCCCACCCGCUCCAAACCAACCAGCACCAACGCGUCGACCCCUGUCGCAGCACCUGUUUCUUUCAAGGUUAAGCCACGGGACGAUCAUGACGGGACAUACUCUCGAGGCCGUAGCGAGGAACACGACGAGUACCACCAGUCAAGAGGGCGGUUCGAUGCCGACCCUAUGGAUGAGGACGAGGAAGACGACGUUGUCGUCGAGGACGACGGGCUGGACGACAUGGCUGCUAUGAUGGGCUUUGGCGGGUUUGGCACGACGAAGGGAAAGAAGGUUACUGGAAACAAUGUGGGAGCGGUCAAGAAGGAGAAGAAGACGGAGUAUCGCCAGUACAUGAACCGGGUUGGUGGUUUCAACAGGCCUCUGAGUCCCCCUCGUUAG